UUCAAAAGCUAGAGAGGGAGGAAGAGCGAGACAAGCCUACUUGCUCUUCUUCUUCUUCUUCGAAAGAAAAUCCCUCCUUUUCUCUCUCCGCAUAUACAUACACACGCAUACAAGGAUUUGCGCGGGCGUAUUUGUGUGCUGUAAGGAUCGAUUUUUUAGUAGAUUGAGGUCGAAAGACUGAAGAUUUUGAAGCCGACAUUCGGAGGAUUUUUUUUUGGUCUCUCCUUUGAAUCUGAGCUGCGUGAUGAGUGAUGAGUGUUGACACUGUUUCGAUAUCGAAUUUGAAUUUGCCAGAUACUGGUUUGGAAUUGGGAAUUUGUUGAAUUUCUGGGAUUUUCGGAUUUUCGGAGUGGGGAAUCUGUGAGGUGUUAUUUAAUUUAAUCUGUGUAUUUAUUUUUAUUUUUAUUUCUGCGGCGAAUUAUUAUCGUUUUGAAUGGAGAAAAGUGAGGGAGGGGAUUUCCCUCCAAAGAGGUCACAACCGGAGGUGGCUUCGACAGUGGCCGCGGCGCCGGUACUUGCGUCACCGGAUGUUCCGACAAAGAAGCUCGCGAGGCAGCUGGAUUUCACGGGUUUUGGCGGCGGCGGCGCUGGAGGAGGAGAUGGCAGUGCUGCGGCGGCCAUUUUCUCGGAGCAUCAUGGACAGAUUCAACCGCAGGUGGGGAAGCCUAGCCAGUCUCCACGCCCACAAUUGCAGCCGCAGCUAAUGGUGAAGCCAAGCCACCCUCCACGGCCACAAUUACAGCCACACUCGCAGCCACAACAACAACAUAUACUAUUGAUGCCGAUGCAGCAACCCCCUGCGCAGCCCCAUCUUCCUCAAAUACGACCUCUGAAACCAGAAUCCCCAAGGGCAAGACCAAGGCAAAGUGCUGCUGAAGUAAAAGAUGGUACUCCAAAGAAGCAAAAGCAGUGUAAUUGCAAACACUCUCGAUGUUUGAAAUUGUACUGUGAAUGCUUUGCAUCAGGUAUUUAUUGCGAUGGGUGCAACUGUGUAAACUGUCACAAUAAUGUUGAAAAUGAAGCUGCCAGACGAGAAGCUGUUGAAGCUACAUUGGAGCGUAAUCCAAAUGCUUUCAGGCCUAAAAUUGCUAGCAGUCCCCAUGGAGUCCGGGACAAUAGGGAGGAAACUGGAGAUGGCUUAGUGUUGGGAAAACAUAACAAAGGAUGCCACUGCAAAAAAUCAGGGUGUCUUAAAAAGUAUUGUGAGUGUUUCCAAGCUAACAUUCUGUGUUCAGAAAAUUGCAAAUGCAUGGACUGCAAAAAUUUUGAAGGAAGUGAAGAGAGGCAGGCUCUCUUCCAUGGAGAUCAUGCUAAUCACAUGGCAUAUCUGCAGCAAGCGGCAAAUGCUGCAAUAACUGGUGCAAUUGGAGCAUCUGGUUAUGGGUCUCCUCCAGUUAACAAGAAGAGAAAGGGUCAGGAGCUCUUUUUUGGGUCAACAAUGAAAAACCCAAUUCACACAUUUGGGCAGUUUCCGCAGGUGGAUAAUGCGAACCAUAUUAAAUCUUCUGUACCAUCAUCUUCAAUGUCUUCUAUUCCCAAUGCUCGUGUUGGUAAUUCAGCUGCAAUGGGACCUUCAAAAUUUACUUACAGGUCUUUGUUAGCAGAUAUGAUCCAACCACUGGAUGUGAAAGAGCUUUGUUCAGUUUUGGUCUAUUCUUCUAGACAAGCUGCCAAGAUGCUUGCAGAUGAAAAGAAUGCGAGAGAGGACCAGAGAGAAACAUCUGCUCCUUCAUUGUCUCAAGAACAGUUAGAGAAUCAGAAAGGUUCUAUGGGGAAGGUCUUGCCUGACAAUUGUUCCAGUGGGAGCCAAGAUGAUAAAAAAGGUACAAGUGUGCGCAGUUCGGAUACUGCUGAUGUGUCAAAAGAAAGGCCAAUGUCUCCGGGAACAUUGGCGCUGAUGUGCGAUGAGCAGGACACGGUGUUUGCUGCUGCUGGUUCCCCUAAUGAAUCAACAAGCAUUUGCAACACAUCUUCUCAGUUGUCUCAUGGGAAAGCCAUGACAGAAGCCUAUGCCGAGCAGGAGAGGAUUGUUUUGACAAAGUUUCGCGAUUGUCUCAACAGACUUAUUACAUUGGGAGAAAUAAAAGAAACAAAAUGUUCAUCAAUGGCCCGAGCUUCAGACUCGGUUUACCAAAAAGGCAUCGUCAUCAACAACGGGACUCAACCGGAAGCCUAUAGCAACGGUGUGGCCAUUGCAACUGUUCCGCCUCCCUCGAGAGCCCCUGAAACGGUAAGUUCCUCAACUAGUGUUGGCGGUGUUAGUAGUCCCCACCCUGUUGUUUCCCAAGCAGCCAAGAAUGGGGAUCAGAAACCAAAGAACUGAGAGAUAGAGAGAGAGAGAGAGUGUAUAGAGAGAGAGAGAGAGAUGUAGCUUCAGAUUUGCCCAGCACUGAUGCAUCCUGUAACAUUAGGCAAUUGUUCAUUCGGCUUUUUCUUUGAUGCAUUAGUGCUUAUUAUUUUGGGCACCAUUCAUAAAGAGCUAACCUGCUCCAUAGGAUUUUUUUUUUCUUUACAUUGAUCACUGAUAUAAUUUGAGUAAAAAAGUUUUCGUCGACGUUCCAUUAACUUUAUCUAAAUGUUAAUGCAUUUAGCUUUUCUUUA